AUGGAAGAAGCAGAGUGCUAUAACUGCAGUAUAUACAUAGAUUUAAACGGCACUCUCGAUAUCAACUCUACGAGAAAUGGCACUGCUAUUAACAAAUUUUAUUUCUACCAGACGGCGCAGUUGGCGGUGUUGUGGGUGCUGCUUGUCGCGAUCGUCGCUGGGAACGCCACCGUGGUGCUGGCGCUGAUGCUCACCAAGUCCAGGAAAAGUCGAAUGAACUUCUUCAUCAUGCAACUCGCCAUCGCCGAUUUAUGGGUUGGAUUAAUAAGCGUUCUGCCCGAUUUGAUUCAAAGAAUAACGAUAUCGUGGUUUGCUGGAUCGGUUGCAUGCAAGUUGAUGAAAUAUUUACAGGGUGUAGUCACAUAUUCCUCUACAUACGUUUUGGUUGCGCUCAGCGUAGACAGGUGCGAUGCCAUAACACAUCCAAUGAAUUUCACCGGAAGCUGGCGUAGGGCGAGAGCUCUAAUAGUGAGCGCGUGGUUGGUCAGUUUCCUAUUCUGCAUACCUAUGCUGUUCCUUUUUGAAGAAGCGGAUAUUGAAGGCACUCUGCAAUGUUGGUCCAGCAUCAACGAGUUGCAAUGGCAGAUCUGGAUGACUAGCGUGUUCGUCUCCUUGUUCGUGGCUCCAGCACUGACCAUAUCAGCCUGUUAUGGCGUCAUCGUUGUUACGAUACGGCAGAAGAGUAGAAGAGUUCUGGGCAAAAGGGCAGCUGCGACAAGACAGUAUAGCGACGAUUUGGAUAGCCGUCGAGCGAGUAGCCGAGGUAUUAUACCUAAGGCAAAAAUCAAAACCGUGAAAAUGACCUUUGUCAUUGUUUUCGUCUUCGUGCUGUGUUGGUCGCCGUACAUGAUCUUCGACUUACUGCAAGUGUACGGUUACGUACCAGACACGCAAGUAAACAUCGCCAUAGCGUCGCUCAUCCAAAGCCUUGCCCCUCUAAACUCUGCUGCAAAUCCAGUCAUCUAUUUCAUAUUCUCCAACAGGAUAUUCAUCAGUCUUAGGCAAGUAUCU